AUGGCGGAGGUUCCUCCUGAACAGAUGGACUCUAAAUUCGGAGCACAGGCCCAUCUGUUUAACCAGCAAGCCCCCGGCGCAUCCUCCAAGGCGGCACAAGACAGAGACUUGAAGAAGCCAUUACCCAAAGGAGUGGUUCUAGACAAGGAUGGAAAGCCCUGCCGCACUUGCACCUCCGUCGCCUCAUGGCGAGCUCUAACAAAGCAAGCCAAAUCCGAUUCCUCCUCAACCUCAUCCUCCAGCAUCGCAUCCUCAGCCACAUCCGCAUCCGCAGCCUCUCUAGCCGCUGCUGCCGCCUCAACGAGCACAAGCACACCAGCAGACUGCCCACCGGACGUCGAAGAGCUCGGCCGCUCAACCUGGACCCUCCUGCACUCGAUGGCAGCCACAUACCCAGAAAAAGCAAACACGCAACAGCAACGGGACAUGCAGGGCUUCCUGAAGCUGUUUUCGCGCCUGUAUCCCUGCUGGGUGUGCGCGGAUGAUUUUCAGGCGUGGAUGGCGCAUCCGAGUGGACGCAAUGAGCCGCGGCUGGGCACUCGGGCGGAGUUUGGGUGGUGGAUGUGCGACGCGCAUAAUGAGGUUAAUCGAAAGUUGGGGAAGAAGGAGUUUGAUUGUCGGUUUUGGGAGGAGAGGUGGAGGACUGGGUGGAAGGAUGGGCGGUGCGAUUGA